UUGGAUAGAUAUGAUGCCUAUCAUUAGCGGUGAACUGACUGAAUUGACGUUCAAUAUACCCUUGCUCUAGUCGAGGAUACAAACGUUUAUUUCAUAGCUACAGUCGUGUAUAAAUUCUAAAUUACAGGCAUUGGGAAGUUAACAGGAAAAUCAGAAGUUCUGGGACGUGAUAUUUGCGUGUCGAGUGAAGCAGAUGUUAUUGUUUUAUUUUCUGUAGAAAUGGGCUCGACAAACUCCACCCUGUCAAAAAUUCCAAACGUCGAAGAAUUAAUGCAAGAAACGGGUUUCACCCCUGCACACAUUGUUCGACUUUAUGACCGUUUCGAAGCAUUGGACAAGGAAAAGACAGGUCAUCUCCGCCCACAGGACUUUGGAGCCAUUAAUAGGUUGGCGAUGAACCCCAUCGGGGAUCGGAUCAUUGGGGCUUUCUUCUCUCCAGGACAGGAAACAGUGGACUUCCACUCCUUUGUGAGGAUCCUGGCCCACUUCCGACCUGCGGACAAAAAACGUCCCAAAGAUCCCAGUAUGCCUGAACCUGUCAACAGUAGGACCAGUAAACUCAAGUUUGCCUUCCAACUAUAUGACCAAGAUAAAGAUGGAAAAAUCUCCAGAGCUGAGCUUCUACAGGUGCUGCGGUCCAUGCUGGAGAUGCAGGUGACGGAAGAGCAGCUGGAGAGCAUCGCCGACCGCACCAUUCAGGAGGCUGACCUGGACAAGGACGAUGCCAUCUCCUUUGAGGAGUUCCGCAAGUCCCUGGAGAAGGUGAACAUCGACCACAAGAUGAGCAUUCGCUUCCUGCGCUAGCUAGAGUGGUUGCACUGGGUCAACUGACUGUUCAUGGAGAUGUUGCCCACUUUGUGUCUACUCAUCCCUCCAUGGUAAAAACAAGGCUUCUGCAGGGAAAUAUUACUGGUUCCUUUAACUGGAUGAUUAAUACUAAAUACCUUAAAUGACUGAAUAAUAUGCUGUAACCUAAUAUGAUGUUUACAGCAAACUGGAAUUUGGGCAUCAUGCUCCAAAGUCUAACUGUACUAGAGGCCUACUGUAUAACUACAUAGUAACUGCUUUUAUAUAAUACAAUAAAAUUUAAUAACAAUAAUUAUACAUGGGACUUAUUUAGGACACAAAGUCGCCUUACAAUUGUAGAAGCAAAAAAAAAACAUGUUAGUUUUGACAAUAAGCUUUUAUGAAGGGAAACAGAUACUUGAAAUUCAUUUUUUGAAGUACACUAUUUUUUGAAGUACACUACCGAUCAAACGUUUUAGAACAUCUACUCAUUCAAGGGUUUUUCUUUAUUAUUACUAUUUUCUACAUUGUAGAAUAAUAGUGGAUACAUCACAACUAUGAAAUAACACAUAUGGAAUUAAACAAAAAAACAUGUUAAACAAAUCAAAAUAUAUUUUAUUUGAAAUUCUUCAAAUAGCCACCAUUUGCCUUGAUGACAGCUUUGCACACUCUUGGCAUUCUCUCAACCAGCUUCACCUGGAAUGCUUUUCCAACAUUCUUGAAGGAGUUCCCAUAUAUGCUGAGCACUUGUUGGCUGCUUUUCCUUCAACAUGCGGUCCGACUCAUCCCAAACAAUCUCAAUUAGGUUGAGGUCGGGGGAUUGUGGAGGCCAGAUCAUAUGAUGCAGCACUCCAUCACUCUCCUUCUUGGUAAAAUAGCCCUUACACAGCCUUGAGGUGUGUUGGGUCAUUGUCCUGGUGAAAAAUAAAUGAUAGUCCCACUAAGCCCAAACCAGAUGGGAUGGCAUAUCGCUGCAGAAUGCUGUGGCAGCCAUAAUGGUUAAGUAUGCCUUGAAUUCUAAAUAAAUCACUGACAGUGUCACCAGCAAAGCACCCCUACGCCAUAACACCUCCUCCUCCAUGCUUUACGGUGGGAAAUACACAUGCAGAGAUCAUCCAUUCACCCACACAUCACACAAAGACAUGGCAGUUUGAACCAAAAUUCUCCAAUUUGGACUCCAGACCAAAGGACAAAUUUCCACCAGUCUGUCCAUUGCAAGUAUUUCUUAGCCCAAGCAAGUCUCUUCUUAUUAUUGGUGUCCUUUAGUAUUAGUUUCUUUACAGCAAUUCGACCAUGAAGGCCUGAUUCACACAGUCUCCUCUGAACAGUUGAUGUUGAGAUAUGUCUGUUACUUGAAGUCUGUGAAGCAUUUAUUUGGUAACUCUGGGUCUUCCAUUCCUGUGGCGGUCCUCAUGAGAGCCAGUUUCAUCAUAGUGCUUGAUGGUUUUUGCAACUGCACUUGAAGAAACUUUCAAAGUUCUUGAAAUGUUCCGUAUUGACUGACCUUCAUGUCAUAAAGUAAUGAUGGACUGUCAUUUCUCUUUGCUUAUUUGAGCUGUUCUUGCCAUAAUGUGGACUUGGUCUUUUACAAAAUAGGGCUAUCUUCUGUAUACCCCCCCCCUAUCUUGUCACAACUCAACUGAUUGGCUCAAACACAUUUAGAAGGAAAGAAAUUCCAAAAAUGUACUUUUAAUUGAAAUUGCAUUUCAGGUGACUACCUCAUGAAGCUGGUUGAGAGAAUGUCAAGCAUGUGCAAAGCUGUCAUCAAGGCAAAGGAUGGCUGCUUUGAUUUGUUUAACACUUUUAUGGUUACUACUUGAUUUCAUAUGUGUUAUUUCAUAGUUUUGAUGUCUUCACUAUCAUUCUACAAUGUAGAAAAUAGUAAAAAUAACAAAAAACCCUGGAGCGAGUAGGUGUUCUAAGACUUUACUGUAAUAAGUCUCUAGAUGUAGCAGUCGGUGUCCAAUUACACUGAACUUGAGAACUAAACAUACGAGUACGAAAGUGAUAGAAUUUUUCUACAAAUUAAUAUUUUUGUAAAUUGUAGCAUUCAUUUACUUAGUUGCUUAUGAGGAGAAAAGGCCAUGAAAAACUUAAGCUUGGCUCAAAUUGUUUCAAUAGAUUCUAUUUAGAGACAGUCCAACUAAACAAAUGUCUACAUUUUGACCCAGAGUAACGAAAAGGUCUGCUUGUGACUGACUGGAUGACUUUUGAAUUGUGUGCCAACAUGUAUUUCUCAAAUCUCAGCAUUGUCACAUACAUGGAAUCUUAAUUAAAUAACCCUAUUGGUA